AUGGCCGAUCUUGCAUGUCUAAAGGACCUUUACAACCUUGGGAUUCAUUCGGAAGGGACAAAAUGGGUCCUCCGUCAGCUGGAAUGCAUAUGUUAUGACCGCUACCUGACCGGUUCGCCACAAACGGAACUUCUUCUAGGCCUCACUCAGCUAAACUUGACCCGGGCUCUGGUGCAUAAUAUGGAAAUUUUGGGAUAUCAAUCGAGACCGAUGCACAACGAAGCGUUGUCUCCUUUCUGCAUCGCUGGCCCCUCACAAACCGGCAAUGAAAUGGUUUCUCUGCCUCCUAGCUUGGAGCCUACUGCCCUCCAGCUCUCGACUCCACACCACCCGUGGCUUGAUCUAUUCCCUAGCCCCCAAAUGCGCAAUAAUUUGAUUGUCCUUGAGCCAUUCGUGGAUGAAUACGGGCUCUGUGAAGACCUAUGCAGUUCGACGGAAGGAACCGCGGGAAUAUUAGUCUGGAAAGACCCUUGGGAUCCAACCGGCUGGGAGGUAACAAGCUCUUUUAUGUCUAUUUGGGGUUUAGUAGUCCGUAACUGUUGGGAUCUGUUUCGAUCUACGAACCAUUGGCGUCUGAAACGGGGUGAGAAGCUAUUAUUCUACAUUCCGCCGGCGAUCCGGAGCUAG